CUCCAAUCAUUAGGUACAGACAGAACUUCUCGGAGAUCGAUCCUGCUUAGCAUCACUUGACUCCAGCAAGAUUUCAACAAGCUGCCACAAACUCAAGCGGCUUUGAAAGAUCUUUUUGUUCUGGCACGUCCUGAUUUAUCACGUUUUUACUGCAGUGCGAGCCUCCUUUGUUGGCACUUUACACAAAGAAUAGCUCUCUUCGAUUUUCCCCAUUCGUCUUGAUCUUUAUUUCGUCGACCAUCAUUUCACCAGACGGAUACAUUGGCUUUAAGCUCUCGGCAAAUUAGACCUAUCGUCGUCAUUGAUUCUCGGCUCCAUAUCGUACCAAGUAUUUCAUUGUUGUUGUUGCUUUGCCUCAAGAUGGUGUGGUAGAUAUCCAACCCGCAAAUCCAAUCCCUAUUACGAAAUGAACCUCCGCCAUAUUCCCAAUUCUUCCCUCAAAUAAACUCUUCGUCGUAUUUUUUUUUCUUGUAAUAGGCAUAGGCAUACCGCGACAAGACACACGAUGUAUUGGUCUAAAAUAUCCUGUCUAGCAUUCACCGCUGGGUGGUUCGCUGCAUCUGUCCGUAGCCAAUCCUCAGGAUGGGCGGACAAUCAGUGGAAUGCUACCAUGUGUCAAUGGAAUCUAUUUCGAGCUUCUACAAUUGGAGACACAGUCUAUUUAGACGGCGGCCAAAUAUACUGGAUCAGAGGCUUAACCGAUGGAUCAUACAGCACGCCGGACAUAGACGAAAAUUCUCUCAGUCUAAUAUACACGCUUAACUUCAGCACGCCCUUCAACUCCAGCUCGAAUUUCUCAGAAAUACUUACCCACAACAGCAUAUCAAAGGGCCUCAAUGGUGGCUCCGCCAAUAAUCUAGCUCCCAAUUAUCAUAGCGGAGCAUUACUCGGCAAUGACCACGAGUUCUUUACGUACGGUGGUUUGCUACCACUAUCUAGCGUAGAUGCUGAGCCAGACGCCGAUGAUAUGGUCGAAUAUGUGGCGUCGCUAUACGGAGCCGAGAAGCCUCAAUAUCAGGUGGGGGUCCGCUACAGUCGGCUCCCUGAGGGCAUUACUCGGUAUGUCACCAACGGAGGGGCAGCCAACGCACCGUCCGAGAAUAAAGCGUGGUAUUUUGGGGGCUAUCGUUCGGAAUCUGGUGGUCCAAUUUACGAAAAUUCUUUUAAUGACACUACGAAUCCGACAACUACCUCCGAUUACCUUAUCACUUUAGAUAUGGACACUCAAACACAAGAGACAUGGAAGAACGAGACUAUUGGGAACAUCUCGAGUCGUGCAGAUCCUUCCGUUGUCUGGGUUCCUGUUGGCGAACAGGGCAUUUUAGUGGUAUUGGGUGGUGUCACAUAUCCCAGUUAUCUGGGCAGGAAUUUGACAUCAGCGAAUGAAGCACAGAGUAAAAAGGACAGCCCGGGCUUCAUGUCAAAUAUUGACAUCUAUGAUGUUGCAAGCAAAAAAUGGUAUCAACAGCCGGCCCAAGGUACUCCGCCUCAGUCGGCGAUGGGAUGCGCGGUGGUUGCUCCCGCUCAAGAUUACUCAAGCUUCAAUAUCUACUAUUAUGGGGGCUACGACGGCCUCCAUGACACCACAGAUUUCAACAACGAUGUGUGGAUCCUUUCGCUACCAUCAUUCAUGUGGAUGAAAGUGCAUUCCGGUAAAUCUUCACAUGGUCGAGCUGGUCACCAUUGCGUUAUGCCUUACCCAGACCAGAUGAUAGUUAUUGGGGGUCGCCAGGCAAAUAAAGGCACUAGUGUCCCAUGUCUUGACGGAGACCCUCCGGGAAUUCUCCAAGUCUAUAAUCUUACAGAUAAUAGUUGGAUGGAGGCGUAUGAUCCGACCAGCUGGAAUUACUACGGGGUGCCUCAGAUGAUAUACGCUAUGAUAGGAGGAGACUCCUCUGGUGGCGCAACAAAGACCACCCCGGAUCCAUCGGGCUGGGCGACACCAGAUCUUGGGAAAGUCUUCGCAACUGCGUACCCGACGUCAAAGCUAAUUUCCCAUUACCCAUACAGCUCUGUGGGUCCAGGCAAUGAUACUCGGGGCAUCUACGGCGGUGAUGGAGGCGGUGGAGGCACUCCUUCUUGGGUAGCGCCUGUGCUGGGUGUGGUUCUCGGCCUUAUAUUUGUUACGGCAGUUGUUGUCGGUUUCAUCUUGUAUAGAAGGCGAAAGCUCUGGAAAAAGAAUAGCGGCAGCGAGCCUUCGACCGAUGAAAACGGCAACAGGAUAUUGUCCUGGAUGCAUGGUCAGAGCGACGGGAAGGCACCAACGGUCACCACGGACGACACUCGCACGCAAUGUGAUGAGUUGGAGAGCCGAGGAGUCACGCCGGCGCGUUUCACGGGCCAGCCGGAAAUGGAAGUAGUCCCUGAGAUGCCAGACACGCAUCUUGUAGAGCUCUGGGAUACUUCACCUGCAGUCGAAUUAGGAGACACGCAUGCUGCCAUGGGCGUGACACCUACUUCUAACACAAAUAAGCAAUCACCUUUUGCCUCAAACCCGCAGACCCAUCAGACUUCCCAUGCCAUCUCUACGCCGACUAGCCAAACCGCUCUCGGCUCAUCCCACGAGCACCCCUCAAGCAUAAGCUCUCAACCCCCUAGUUACACCGCCCAAAGACCCGACUCUCCAUCCUUAGGAAACAACGAGGCGCGCUUCGACUCUAUCGCCAACGCCAUCACUACCGACGUCCCCACAAACGCUACUGCGAAUCCCGGCACCCCCGCGACCCGAAAAGCAGUCGUCAGCGGCGUAAGCGGCAUUAGCGACCGCGAGAUAGCGCACCUACGACAGAUCAGCGACACGUCGACAGCCAGCCAAGUCACAGCGCUGGGAACACCGCCGCCGCCGCCGCAAGCGUCGUCGCACCAUAUCAUCGAAUCGCCUCUGGAAACGAGCCUUCCGCUGCUACCCGUCAGCCCGCCCAGCGUCACAGGCGUAGACGGGUCCCACGAAGCGUCCGACUACGUCAGCGUGCCGCAGAACCCAGGAGCGACAUUGGGGACAGGAGGUAAUACGGGCGGCAGCACCAGCCAGCCGCGACGAAGCGUAUUCCGCGAGAACGAAGAUGGUCUAGAAGAGGGUGGCCAGCGGUGAUGAUGAUUAGCCGGUUUCACUCAUAACCACGGCAGUGGCGAGUGGAGAGAAGGUAGGUAGAUAACGGCUUCUACCUUCGGCCAGAGUAUCAUCUAUCUAGGUACCUACACAAAGUAAGCGCACGAUACAUGAUGAGGGGGGUUGAAAAGUAACGUCACAAAUUAAGCAUACAAGGUAUCUACGAAAAAAAAACGGAGCAGAAAGAGCGAUGAUCACGUAUUUUCAUUGACAUUCAAAUUGCACUACUAUUUGGCUAUAGAUAUCACGACGUGGGAAACACACUCCCCUUCAAUGGACGGAUUGAUGGAUGAAUGGGACGGACGACAUAUGUUGGACGGGCGUUUGACGGUCCUCGUAUAUAUACCUUAGGUACCUACCUAACUGCCAGACCUGAUCUAGGUACUACUGGAUUAUAAAAAGCGAGAAGAGGGAUUUGUGCGUCGUCAUCUGGGAUGUGGGAUGACUGAAAUGCGCAGAGGGGAGAGGAUGUGAGUGAGGUAUGGUAUUCAGGGUUUUAAGGUAAGGGGGGGGGGGGGGGGGUUGGUUCAUGGGAUGAUGCAUGAUAUGAAAUUUUACAAUAAAGUAUAGUAUGGUUAUAGUAUAGUCGCCUCUGUUAUAAUGGUUGACGGGUCAAUCAGU